UGAAAGUAUUAACAAUAACAAAAUCCAUUUCAAUGGAAAGCAAAAAAUCUCUAAUAAAAUCUCCUGAAAUAAGUGAUUUUGAUAAAUUCUCACAGAAUUUAGAUGUACUCAAAUAUUUUUUUCAAUUUCUCGAAAUUGGUGAUCAGUUAAGUUUUGCUAAUGUUUCGCCACAGUUGCAAUUUGUUUAUCGCAAUUUUAUAUGUCAAAAAUGGAUCCCUAAAAAAAUUAAAAUAAAAAAGUACUCGGAAACAAUACAGCUGAAAUAUUACAAUGAACAACGUUUGAAAAUUAAUUUGUCUUUCGAAGAGUACGAUUAUUUUUUACGAAUUUAUGGACUGGAUGUAGAGCAGUUGAGCGAAAGUCAUGGCAGUGCUUUAAAUUUAACUCCAAACUUGAAUAAUCUAACCUGUAUCAAAUACAAUUUUUUACUAAUUACCAAGGAACAAAUACAAUUAUUGACUCAAAUGUGUCCGCAAUUGGAAACACUUUCCUUCUUAGGUUGUUGCAAUAGCAAACAUAAACUCUUACGUUUGGGUUUCGAUAUUGAGGUGCAACACUUGCUGUCGCUAAAGAAACUGAAAACGUUUUCCCUUAGAAGUGGUCUCAUGCAUAAAGUUAAAUAUGGACCUGCGGAUGAUUUUAUUAAGAAAGCUAAAUUACCCAUGGAUCUAAGUAACAGUAUGGAAAAUCUUGACAUCUAUAUGCCCACUCUCAAUACACAGUUCAUGGGCCUCUUUACUCAGCUACAAUCACUAUCGAUCACAUUAUUUCAUCCUGUUACUAACCAGGAUAUUAUAGCUUUGGGUGUAUCUUGCCAACGACUUAAAACACUGACAUUUCAUUAUGCCAGCUUUGAAGUUAUAGAAAAUUUCUCGAUUUUAUCUAAUCUAAACCAGUUAUCUCUUUACCAUUGUGAUGGCUUAACUUAUGACAAUUUAAGGCAGAUUUUAACUGAAUUACCACUGGUAACCUUUACAUCGAUUGAGACCAAAUAUAAAGGUAUAUUUCAUUAUUAUUUUCUUGCGCCCACCAUUAAAUCCAUUUAUAUAGAUGCCAUAAAACCAUUUGAUUUUAAAACGGAAUUUGAAUUUUAUAAGUCAUUAAGAGAGAAAUAAAGAUUAAUAAA